AUGUCUGCGGGGAUUGGGUACGCCGCGCAGAUCCCGUUUUUAAAGCGGGACAGCAUUCUGGACAACAUUGUCUUUGGGCGAAGGUUCAGUCGCGAGCGGUACAUGCAGGUGCUGUACGAGUGUGACCUGGUCGCAGAUAUUCAGGACAUGCGAAGAACACCUACAGACAGCCCUGCGCCCUUGACUAGUCCUAUUCCCGGGGUGGACAUCUCGUCGGGCGAGCAGGGGUCGCACCUAAG